UGUCUCUGUAACUAGCGCCGAGCAAGAGCACUCUCCUCUAGCUAGCUUGCUGCUGGAAAGCUUGAUUUACUGACACGUUUUUUUUUUUUUUUUUGUCAAGAAAAAAGACAGAAUUACAAAAAACCCAGCUUGUUUCCACCCUGGUUAAACAAGCACAGCAGUGGUUUAUAAGCUAAAUAAGGUGCUGGUCCGUGGCAGCUCGUGUGCUGUUGUGUGUGCCAUCAUGGCGGUGGUCAUCCGGUUACAGGGACUUAGAAUCACAGCUGGUUCUGAGGACAUUCGCAAUUUCUUCACUGGCCUUAGAAUACCCGAUGGUGGGGUACAUAUAAUUGGCGGAGAACUUGAGGAAGCAUUCAUAAUUUUUGCAUCCGAUGAAGAUGCAAGACGAGCGAUGACUCGCUCAGGAGGAUGCAUUAAAGGCUCUCCAGUCAACUUACUUUUGAGUAGCAGGUCAGAGAUGCAGAAGGUUCUUGAGGAAAGCACAAGGAAAUCAGAAGCCGAUAACAGGAGGAAUUACAAGGAGGUUGUCAAAAGACCAGCAGUCGAAGGGAGACCCAUGUCACUGAAUGAGGACAUGAAAGUAGAUAUGCGAAGAGGAGAUAAUCAAACCAUGGGAAACAGACCUCCCCUAGCUUCUCCUAAUGACUCUCGAACUCAGAAGAAAGAAGGAGAUGGAGAUAGCCUGUAUUUGUACUUGUCUGGAAUGCCAUUCUCAGCAACGAAGGAGGAUGUUCGUGUCUUUUUUGACGGUAUACAAAUUGAUGACCUAAUUUUCAUGCGAAACAAUUAUGGAAUGUUUAAUGGAUGUGGUUUGGUCAAAUUUAGAACCAGAGAGGAUGCGAUUGAAGGUCUGAAGAGGGAUCGAAAAUAUAUUGGGCCACGUUACAUCAGAGUUAUGCCAGCCUCAGAGCAUCAGUGGGUCAAAUCAGGGGGCUCGGUUGUACCAGAAGUUGCAAGUCAGAGAAAACACACUUUAGAGCGUACAAGAUCUCGCUCUCCCGUUCGCCAUCGGUCACAUUCUCCUUCCAGUGAAGAGUUUGGUGUGUUGUAUGAAAACCUCCCAUAUUCAGUCGAAAAGCGAGAUAUAAAAGCCUUCCUCCAUCCUGUGUCUUUGACAGAUGACCAGAUCAGUAUUUUUGUUGAUAACAAUAGCAAUAGGAGCAAAUCAGCUAUUGUGGUGUUCAAGAAUCUAAAGGACUAUUGUUCUGGCCUGGCUCACCACAAGGAAACGUUUCUCCACAGCGUUGUUUAUGUGUCUCCUGUCUCCAAAGAGAAGAUUGCCACUAUACUAGAAUCUACUGAUAACCCAAGAGAAGACCAUAGAAGAUCCAGCAGAUCAUCUGAACGUUCACAAAAGAGUGUUUAUGACUCUGAGAAACGGUGCAUAUAUGUUCGCAACCUGCCUUUUGAUGUCCGUAAAGUAGAGAUCAUGGACUUCUUCCAUGGAUUCCAGCUUGCAGAGGACAGGAUUAUCCUGCUCCAUGAUGACAGAGGAGCUGGGCUUGGUGAGGCUUUAGUGAUUUUUCAGACAGAAAAGGAGGCAAUGAUGGCACAGUCUCUGAAUGGGCAAAGAUUUCUUGGAUCGGAGGUCAUGCUGAAAUGCAUCACCUGGGCUCAGAUGCAAGAAUUUGGUAUUGACAACAGCAGUAUGCCCGAGAGGAACUUUCAGAUGAACUUGCCAAGGUACGGCGGUGAUGCAAAUUUGCUUAAUGACCGAAUGUAUCAGGACAGUUGUGACCUGAUGCCAGAUGCUCCUCACUAUGGUCCUGGAAACAGUGGUCCAGUGGAUCAUUUUGAAAACCCUGAUGCUUAUGGACAGGGGCCGUGUGGUUCUGACCCUCAUCAGUAUGGACCACCUGACCAACAAUUUAAUCGGCCAACAUGCGUCAGGUUGCUCAAUCUACCCUCUAAGAUAAGGGUUGAUGAAAUCUAUGACUUCUGCUAUGGGUACAGAGUAAUUCCGGGGUCGGUCUCGUUGCAGUAUAAUAGGAGCGGAGCACCUACAGGCACUGCAACUGUUGUGUUUGAAAGCCACAGUGAGGCAGUCACUGCUGUCCAAGAAUUAAAUGGAAGACCCAUUGGUACGAGGAAAAUUAAUAUUGUGUUUGAGUAGAAUGAGAGACUUUGGGCAUUUCUGUAGACAGCUGUUUAUAUUGACUUGUCUUGUUUGCUCAUUAUAUUUCUAAAUACUCAACUUUUUUUCUUGCCUCAUAAAGAAGAAUACAUGAACGAUUAAAUGAUCUUUAUUCAUUUCAGUGUUUUUUGUGGUGUAACUUUUAUUUCUUUUAGAAACUUUGUGGUAAUAGUUAUGCUAGUAUAUUACCAUUUUACAGUUAUGGCUGACUGAAAUGAAAUUUCUGUCCUUCAUUAACAUUCUUUCAGAAAUGUUUGUUAAUUUUUCACAAGUAAAUAUAUGUGCUGAUAAUGUUGAUUUUGAAGCCACUGUAUUAUUGAUUUAAGAUGGAUGCCUACAUGCUACUUUUUGUAAUUUUAUUUGAUACAUGUUUAUACUGUGUACUGACAAAAAACAAACAAAAAAAAAACAGUAACACAACAUUUCCUGGUGUGAGGGUAGGUUGUGUGCAUUAUGUAGGAGGUGGUAAUUUAUGUAAAGUUCCAGGCAACAGACUGUAAAAUAAAACAAAUUGUACAACACCUAAGUUGGGUGAUAUCCAAACUUUGCAGGAUGUUUGAAAAACAAAAUAGAAAUGCAACAUGAUUGGCUGCUUGGAUACUUGCAUGAAUGAGCAGGGGUACAGGUUCUCUUUUUAAAGGAGCUGGCGAGUCUAGCUAAUUUGCUGUCUCGCACAGGAGUAAAGCACGUUUACUGUUUCCAGACUGUAUGAGGUUUCAGCAGACUGACAGCUGCCUCCUCCUUAUCUCCGAAUCCCACCAGGAGAUGAUGUGACCCUUUUUGCCUGCACAUGACCAGCAACUUCAUUUGGCCUUUCUACAGGAAAGAUCCACUGGUUUUUGUGAGGAGUUGAGCAGUGGUGCCUAUAAAAGACGAUCACAUGGGUGUCUGUUAAUGUUCACACUGAUUAUUUUCAUUUGUUUUUGUUAAUAUCAUUUCCCCCCCAGUAUGUAUGGCCUAUAUGCAUGCAUUUAUUAUGUUAGAUUAUGUUCCAGUAAAAUAAUUUAAAUGUGAGCCAGAAAGGGAGGACAUACUGUAUGUGUUGUGGUGCACUGAAUUAUUAAUUAAUAAUUAUUAUUGGCUUCGGUUGUUAUGGUUAACACAAACCCAUUCUUAUGUUCCUUUUUAUUGAAAUAAAAGUACAAUGGCAUUACUUUUAUAUUAAUGCAGCUCAGUGUUAUUAAAAUGCAUCAAGUGUUGUAAUGGAGCAAAUAAAUGGUCUGGAUUAAAUUAA